AGGUAUUGCUCUAAAAGCGAGGUGGUUGUGGCUCAAUCAUAGAGGAACUGACAAGCUAUGGCAUGAUCUUCCGAUUCCUGUCGAUAAGGAAGUCAAGGCUCUGUUUGUUGCUAGUACUUGUUUCAUCUUGGGUUAUGGCAAAUCAGUUUCCUUUUGGCAUGACCACUGAUUGAAUGGGGAGGCUCCUGCAUUUGUCUUCCCAAAUCUUUAUAAACACAGCAAGAAGAGGAAGAUCAUUGUUAAUGAGGGCCUCACCAACAGUAAAUGGAUUUCUUCGAUAAAGCACAACCCGGACGUUGAUGUUCUUCCUAAAUUUAUCAGCCUUUGGCACCACACUCAAGUAAUUUUGCUAUCUGAAAGGGAGGAUGUUCUAAGCUGGAAAUGGACUCCUGAUGGGAAGUACUAUGCUAACUCUGAUUAUUUGUAUCAGUUCUGGGGAAGGGUUAAGUUCCCUUAUUUUAGGGAAACAGCAGGACUCUGCUGCGUAUUUUUAUUAAUUUUUAAAAAGUAAUAGAAAGUCUUCAGGAAAGAAAAGAAAGAAAUAAAAACAUACAAAUACAAAUAAAUAAAUAAUAUAUCUAGUUUACUAGAUUACAACAAUUACAGUCUGGCUUAACGAAAAUCUUUCAUCAAGUCAUGAAAGCCACUGUAUUCAUGCCUUUUCGCUCUGUAGAUGAUCCACUUGAGCUCUUCUUUAAAUUUUGUCCUGCAAUGAUACACACUUGUUGGGAUCACCGCUGCGGUGGCGGCCUCUGGUUUAGUGGGCGCCGUCACGCCGGAACACCCAGGCCAUGAUCUAAGGUUUGGCCGGCCGAGCUCAGUGUAGUCCGCCUACUCCUGUGCAUCCGUGCCAAAAAAAAUAAGAAACCCUUUAUGAUAUAUUUUUCUUGCGGGGGUAAUUUCGUUUAUUUUUGUUCAAAAUCGGCUCAUUUUCGUUCAAGAACACAAAAUAUGGAUGGUGCUCUUCGUCCGGAAUUUCCGUUAAAGCCGAAUUGCGUCAAUUUCAUUCUGGGGCGGUAUAUUUUCCGAAAUCCAAAACCUUAGGCGGGGAAGACGGCGGUAUUGCUCCUUAAUGGAGUAAUAUUUUUAGAUUCUUUUAAUUUAUGGAGUAUGGAUGGCGUACGUGCUCCUGUCCUGUGUACGUGUACCAUUCGUAGUACUAGUUGGUUGAUAAGAUGGCAUGUACAAUGGUUGAUAAAAUGGUCUUAUCUUAAGUCUUGCAUGUAAUUUAGAGAUGAUAGAAAUAUUUGUCUACAAUGGGUCAUCUCUUAGCCUUAUCCUCAAUAACUAGUUAUUUCUAAAAACAUGGUGAGACAUAUUGUGCUAAGGGAUCAUCUCUUGUCUUCUCUUAAAUAAGAAAAGACUAGUCUUUUCUUAUGAGUUCUCUCUCCUCCACCUUAUCUUUUAUCCUACGUGGCAUUCUUAAGAUAGCACCAUUGUACAUGUCCUAAGGUACGUUGGUGAAAACAAGGAAAGAGAGGGGUUUUGGUCGGAACGGUUGUUGGCCGAGUGCCGACGACGAGUACUUCCGGCGACGGCGAGACGAUGACGAUGGAGUGCUUUCCGAAGGAACAAGCUGUACGAGCUCCGAAGCAAGCAGGCUAGCAGGUGGAUCGAUUCUUCUGCUCCCGUACACAAUACACGUGAAGCUGGCUUGUACGAUCACGCACGUACACCGGCCACCCUUUUUUUUGCUCUUCCUCGUUUGGUUUGAUUCCGUCCGUUACGUAGCAGAAACGGUUUUCCUAAAAAAAAAACGUAGGAUCGAAACCCACUCGGCCUCCGGCUGUACCACACGCCGACUCGGACUACUGCUAGUUCUCGAUGGAUCAAUGCUGCUGCUAUAUAAGAGCAGCCUCCAGCUUGGAUCUCUCCAUCAAACCAAGCCAUCCAGCGCAGGUGCUUAUUAACCAAGAGUCCAAGAGCCAAGGAGACAACCAGCAGAUCGACAACAACAUGGGGUGCAGCAUGAGCCGCCUCCUCAAGACCACCGUCACGCUGAUCAUCCUCGUCCUUCUCCUCAUGCCCGGGGCCUUAGCCGCCACUAGCUUCGAUGCCUCACGAAGCCAACAGCUGCCGCUGCCGCGUGGGACGGUCCACGGGCCGGAGAGCGUCGCCUUCGACGGUCAAGGCCAGGGCCCCUACAGCGGCGUCUCUGACGGCCGGAUCCUCAAGUGGAACGGCGAAAAGCUAGGAUGGACUACCUAUGCAUAUGGACCCGGCUACGAUAGCAGGACGUGCACGCCGUCCAAGUUCAGCCCGGAGACUGAGACUGCCAGGGAGAGCCGCUGCGGCCGUCCGCUCGGCCUACGGUUCAACCAGAAAUCGGGUGACCUCUACGUGGCCGACGCAUACAAGGGGCUGAUGCGGGUUGCGCCGGGCGGCGGGGAGGCCACCGUGUUGGUCAACCAGGUUGACGGUUUUCCUCUGCACUUCACCAACGGUGUUGACGUCGAUCAAGUUACGGGUCAGGUCUACUUCACCGACAGCUCGAUGAACUAUCAAAGGUCGCAGCAUGAGAUGGUCACUCGCACUGGGGACUCGACGGGCCGCCUCAUGAGGUACGACCCACGGACAUCCGAUGUCACGGUGCUCCAGGCGGGCAUGACGUACCCCAACGGCGUCGCGCUCAGCGCCGACCGCACUCACCUCGUGGUCGCAUCUACCGGACCAUGCAAGCUGCUGAGGCAUUGGAUCAAAGGGGUCAACGCAGGCACAUCGGAGCCUUUUGCCGACCUGCCCGGCUAUCCAGAUAACGUGAGGCCCGACACCAAAGGAGGCUAUUGGGUGGCGUUACACCGCGAGAAGAAUGAGUUACCCUUUGGUCGUGAUAGUCAUCGUCUCGCUGUCAGGGUCGGUAACGAUGCUAAGAUAGUCGAGGAGAUGAGAGGGCCAAAGAAGGUGAGGCCCACCGAGAUUAUGAAGAGAGCAAAUGGCAAAAUCUACUUGGGUUCGGUAGAGCUUCCUUAUGUCGGCGUUGUUAAGCGCAAGUAGAGAACUAUUGUAGUAGAUGCAUAUAGGAUGCCUUUUAGUUUCUUGCUCUGACCACUAAAUGUAAUUUUUCAAUUUAUUUUUGUUUUCGUCUGAUGGACUAUUGUAAUACACAUUUUCUAUCAGCAAAUCAAUAUUUGUUCUUUCCUCCAUAUUUACGUGCAUAAAAGCUAAAUUCUAUCCAUAUAAGAGCCAGCCUGCAUGCUAUUGCUAUCGAGAGAGCAGGGACGCACCAUGCACUCGUGGAUUGUUCCCUUCACGUAAGCACGCAAAGUCAAUGAAUUUGCUCUUUAUUCCUGCUGUAGAAUUCUAGAACCACAUAUAUGCAGUGCAAUUCACACAUACACAUAUGCCCUCAAAGUUUUUGUAUGUUAAGACACUAUAUUAUUUUUGACAAGAAACAAUGGUUAUACUUAGACGUGUACUGUGACGGCACUCCUCCCAAUGGUUGCUACGUAGAAGUGUAGUAUUGUACAUUGGGGUGUGGCCCGUCACUAGGCAUGUAAAAAUAUUUGUUCUCUCAUUUUAUCAAUGCAUCGAGACAAAAGCUUUUGUGUUUUAUCAAAAAUAAUAUAGUGUCUUGGCAUACAAAAACUUUCAGGGCAUAUGUGUAUGUGUGAAUUGCAUUGCAUAUAUGUGGUUCUAAAAUUGUACAACAGAAACCGCCAAGAAUAAAAGAAGUUCAGACGUAAUGAACAAAUUCGUUGAGAUGGGUUUAUUUUUUGUAUCUAUUAAAAUAGGUUAUGUUGUAUCUUAUGCCCUGCAAAAUUUCAUUUAAAAUAUGAGCACUUUUUAACUAUGCAAAAUAUACGAGAUUAUAAGUUUAUAGUUUAAUGUGUCAUUCACAUAUAUGUUUUUUGUGCAGACCACAAGUUGUCAUUUUUUUUUUAUAGUUUUUUUGCAUGCACACGAUGUAUGCUAAACUACAUCCAUUUUGUGUUCAUUUGUACGUUUGAAUUGCACUGCAUGUACGCACGUGCAACUCCUUUCUUCCUCUGAUAUCAUCACCUGAACAGCUAAUGGUCUCCAAAUGGGCACCGUUUGAUUGGCAUCCAAGGGUACAGGAUCGAAGCAUAUUAAUUUAUGACGAAAAAUACACCAGCUGGUCGUAUAAUUAAUCUCGUCGCCUAGCCUAGCUGUGACCUCAUGUCUGUCUACUACCUUCCAUUUUCGUUCAAUCCACACAGCGUUCCCUUUCACUUGUAGCUGCCCGGCCGCCAUUUAAAGCCAACCCAUCCCGGCCUCCGCAAGCUAGCCUGCCCUCCCAACAACCCUAGCCGCAAAAUGGAACCCCAGCUCCCUGUUGCAGCCGCCGCCACCAACGCUCCUGCAGCCGCGCCGGAGAUUGGCCGGUCGUUCAUCGCCUGCCCCGAGGAUUCCGGCCAAAAACGGUGGGUACACUAUAUGAAAUUACGCAUGCAUAUAGCUAUAUCUUUUACGGAUUAGAUCUAUUUUAUAUUUUUUUCUUGUUGCUAGAUCAAAAGCAUAUGCAUCGACGGAAUGAAUCUCUAAUCUCUUGAUUUCCAAGUUUCAAAAGCAUGCAUCCAGGAAAUGAAUCUCUAAACUCUAGUGGGGUAUUCUCCUGAUUUGUUAGAUUAAUGUACUCCAAUCUCUUGAUUUGCAGCGUAUGCACCUCAAUGGAUGAGCUGGACAGCCUAGACCGGGAAAUCGUCUUCGCCGACCUGCUGCUACCCAAGGUGGCGGAGAUGGUAUUGGCCUCCGACGUAAAGGACUACAUGGCGCUUUGAGGUGUGUGCAAGCCGUGGAGGGCCGCCACUGCCGACCCGAAGCUAGUGGGCAUGGACCCGCGCUUCUACCCAUGGCAAUGGGAGAUGACGAAA